GAGUGUGACUCAGCUCCACAGCUGGGUUAGUUUCCUUCACAGUCAGGAGGACUUCGCUGCCCAUGCACAGGUCUCUGCAGACUGCUGGAAGCUAUGGGUUACUCGCUAUGCAGGAUCUGGAUGCUUUUCUUGCUGUUCUGUGUGGGAGAAGAGAGGCAGAUGGCUCCCCCAGGUUUGGUACAGAGCAGUUGCCACUCCAGAAUUUUCUGGAUGAAACUGAAUAAACUCUUGCUCCAAGGGAAAUUCUUCCAGCUGGAAAUCAACGAUCCUUACACUGGCCCUGUCCCACUGGAUGACAAACUAGCGUCUCGCUGUGGCUAUGUCCUGUCAGAAGAUGUGUGGGGCAACCCCGUCUUCCGUGCAUCAGUGCUCGCCUGUCAUGUGGUCAACGAGGCAGAUGAGCUGUUUUCACUGACUAUGAACAUUAAGAUCUCCUCAUUUGCAAGCAUGAGGGCAGCCGUGAUCUACACCUACCCUAUGUUCUGCUCCUACUCUUCCUGGGCCUCAAGAGAAAUUGUGUGUGAAGAAAACUACAUGGAGGUGUCAGUGAAGACUGAUGUCCCUGCAGUUUCAAGUGACUACACCGUAGCAUGGAUGUCAGCACUGCCAGAGACUCAGAAUGUUGCAUACCAGGUAUGGCAACUGAUGUUUGUUUCUCCAUCAGGGAGAAAGAGAAUACUGGUAAGCGAUGCAGCAAAACUGGGCUACAGCUUCAAUAAUACGCUUUCCCGAGUGUACCUCCGUGCUCCCUACCACAGCAAUGAAUCUGAAAUCAGUGUGGUCAGUGGUGUAGAUAUGAACAUGAUCACUUCCACUUCCAUGUACAGGCAGCGGUGGUUGCUUUUGCUGAUUGACAUGACAGUCUCCUGUCCUCUUGAUGGUACCAGCUUCACUGAUACUACGCUAACGUGGACUGUGCCAAGUGUUAUCCCCACAUUAGUGCUUCAAGAAUCCACCUUUUUGUCUAAAACCAUUUUAAUGGGUGUUGACGGCCAACAUAUAGUAAACCCAGACAAGAACAACUACUUACUGGAGCACAACAAGACACACAUUGGAAUAACUAUCCCUAUUGGAGCAGAAGGAGGAAAACUAAAGAGUUCCGUAUCUGGUGGUGUAUAUGGAAUCAUUUACAGCAUUGACUUGUUCUUGGAGCACACGUGGACAGAUGCAGACUGGCAAACCACUAAGUAUACUGUCAUCAAAUCCAUCACUACACCUUUCAUGCCACGAAUACCAACUGUUAUCAACAAUACUCUGCCAGAGGAAAAGAUAUUUAAUGUUGCAUUUGGACACUUUCUUCCUGAUGUCUCUCUGGUGGCAAUAGCAAUAGGAAAUGUGCCAUUUACCCUCAGAGAAGCACAGCACCAUGGGUAUAAGAUUUAUGAAACUCCUUUUUCUAAUGGAACAAAAGAAUUUAUCUUGGAAGUCUCUUUUGAUGAUCCAUACGUUCUAAAGGAGUAUGUGAAUAGAAAUGAAACAAAAUAUACCCUCCUUGUUAACUACACGAUAAGCAUGGGUCCAGAGAUGAUACCCUACUAUCAUUCUGCAGAGGUGGAAUGUGUGAUUGCUGAUAUUGAAAUACCAGAAGCAGUUGGUUACUGUGAUGAAGGAAACCUCUAUCUUGCCAUUCCUGGUUUUGGUCUGCACCAGUACUGGAACCUGUAUCUUGGUACCAAGCUUCUGAACAGGCACACUGCAAACACAAAUGGGUACCUCGCAACUACCAAUGCUACCCAUCUGAUCCUGCAAAUACCUCUGUUUGCUGUGGGAGUCAUCUAUGAGGAAGUGUCCUUCCAGAAAAUUAAAGCAAGGUUUGAUGUUGCCCUAAGGAAAGUGAGAACCAUGGAGACCUUACAGACAUUCUCCGUUAGCUGCAAUUUUAAUUCCCCAGCAUUUAUAUUAUGCUACCCAGAUGGUACUGUAAUUAUAUCUGCCCAAAUGAAGACAGUUCCUGGCAUUGAUAUGAGUAGAACCCAACUACGGGAUAGCUCAUGCAAGCCUAAAGAGUAUAACAAAGGACAUGCCUUCUUCAAGUUCCAUGUCACCACCUGUGGCACUUCAGUAAGGUUUGAAGGUGAUCACAUUGUUUAUGAAAAUGAAAUCUCUUAUGAGAAAGAGACUCUUCAAGGACAGGGCCAUUCAACAAUCACAAGAGAUCCAGACUACAGAUUAACCGUCUUGUGCUACUAUCGAGCAAAAGAGACAGUGAUGCUAGGUGCCUUCAUUAGCAAGCCUUCCGCAUCACAUCCCUCUGGCUCUGGUACAGUAGUGCCAAGGUCAAAUUCUGCAGUACACAGAAGGAUAAGACAAGCCCUGAAUGUAGUUUCAAGAGUGUCCAAAAGUGAAUCUUUCAUGGAUUUCUAUGAGCCCAAUGUGGUGAUACUCAAGCGACCCACAGAGUCUGUGUUUCUUGAGGUGGAGCUGAAAGAUGAGAGCCCUGACACUGAGUUAUACCUGGAUAACUGUUGGGUGACAGGGUCUCUAGAUUUCAACAGCACCCCAAGGUGGAACAUCACUGUGGAUGGGCAAGUAGUAACUGAAUGACCAAUGUGUUCAUCAGAGGAACUAUGAUUUCUUCUAGAUCUUUUGAUCUGUUCUCUCAAAUAGGUGUGAGAUUAAUGGCAGUGAGUAUGUUGCAGUGUUCUGCUCAGUAGCUGCUAGCUCUAGAGUGAGACACCCUUCUCAUUUCAAAAGGCUGGCAGUAAGGACCCUGACACAUCGACUGGAACAGGUAAGAUUAAGUAAAACGCUCAUCCAAGAUUCAUGGACCCAAUCUGGAGUACUUCUUAAGAUCAAUUAAAAACCCAGCCAAUUUAAACUCUCACAGAGUUAAGACCUAUCCAGCAUCCAGCCUAAGUAGCCUGACUGGUGUGUAGGUUUAAUUUAGUUCUCUUCUCAAAUCCCCUUUGCAACACGAUUCCAGUGACUUGUAAUUGGACUGUCUGGAGUAAACAAAGAAGUUUGGUAUGUAAAUAUGAUUUUUAUAUGGUGUUCUUGAGUUUUUUUAGGGACAUAUUCACAGCACUUCAACUGAAAAUGUCUAGAACAGAAAACUCAACUUUUGCACCACACAUGCAACAAGAAUUUGAGCCCAGUCAUCUCUCACCUGCCCAGCCAGUCAGACAUCUCCUCAGAAGCCAGCCCAGUAGGCAGGGAAGCAGAGGCAUGUGUGUCUGGCCUUACAUUUUGGAGAAUGUGUUUUCCUUCAGCACUGGACCUUCAGAAGAGCAAAGAAAACCCAGGACAGUCACCUGGGAGCACACUGUUCCUCGGGUACCCAGUUGGGUCGAUUCUAGCUCAACAAGUCAUGGCAGCACCACCGUCUAGGCAGCUUAAGCACAUGAUUUUUUGACUUGGCCUUUUUUGAGCUGUUCAACUUGUGAACUUGCUAGAAAUGAACAUGAUGCAAUUCUGGCAUGUACUACUUCCUAAACGGGCAGCUGCAUCUAGCGCAAGAUUGAGUUUCUGUCUAGCUUUGAUACUCAGCCUCACCGCAGCUCAUGAGGUUUUCACUUCUCUCGUCUCAGCCUCUCAGUUACCAAACUGCCUGAGGGCUUCUUUGACACCAAAUUUGAAAUUCAAAGCAGGUUCAGCUAGAAGGUGUCAUGUGCAAGUGUUCAGACAAACUUGAGUCUAAUCAGAUGUAACUUCUGCAAAAGGCGAACAAAAGGCAGAACAGUGCUCUGCAAGAGGGAUCGCAUAUGGACCAAAUGGUUCUUCUUCUCAGGUGUACGUGCACUGUUCAGUGGCAGCCUGCUCUGCUGCCAACACACUGCCUGGCAUUCCCUGCAGAGGACAGUGCAGCCCAAGCACAGAGAGGAACGGUAAGUGCUCAGGAGAAAAAGAUCCAUUGCAAAGCACUCCUGGCCCGAUGAUUUCAAGGGAUUUAGGACUCUUGAUUUUGGCAUCUGAAAUGUCUUGAAUGUGGAGUCUGUAACAUUAUCUUCAGCUCAUAGUUUAAUACAUUAGCACUGAAGUACAGCAUUUAUAUGUUCUUGAAAAGAUACAAAAAUGUGUGUCACUCUCAGCCUUUCCAGGUCACAAUUCGGCCCACCUCCAGGGUUAUGUACUUGCUGGACCAGUCUGGAUUGUUGAAUCAGACCUAAGAUGAAGCAUGUAAACUGAAUUUGGUAAGAACGCUUGGCCUUAUGUACUCACUUAGGUCACCGUGUUUUGAGUCACACAUGAUACAUACCUUCUGUUAUGAGACCUAAAGUUUCUGGGACACUGUCUCCAUCUUGGCUCUGCUACCUUUUCAAAAGCAUAUGGGACAAGAACUUGGGAAUAGGCAGGGUAUGUGGUCUCCUGGUCUAAGCUUGAACCCAUAAGAAAGGGAAGAAGGAGAGCUACCUGCCAAGCAAAACACAGGUGGUACAGCUCUAGAGAAGAUGCCAGCAGUAAAGCAGGGUAUGCUGGAGUCAGGCUGUAGAAGGCAGUUUUGUAAACCUGGAAGAUGCUAUUUCAGCAGGUUUUCAACUGGAUUGUCUUCAGCAGUCAUUGGGAUUCAACUGGAAGAAAAUGGAUUCAAAAUAUUAGAUACAAAGAGUAACAACACAUCAUUGCAUUCAAAUCCCCCAAAAAUGUUAGGGCACACCCCAUAGCUUCAUCUGUCUUUGGAGGACCAGAACUAUUCACCGAGUGCUCCAGCUUCACUCAUCACUUUGCUGUGUGUCUCCAACAGCACCCAAAGGCUCUGCUGUGCUGGCUACUCUCUAAAAGUGCAUCCAGACACUGAAGCUACCUCUCAGUGAUUACAAAACUAUCUUGCUUGAAGUGAAAAGUUCAGACUGUGGGACUCAGGACAGCUCUACUACACUGGAAAGCGCUAAGGUCUGCCAACAGGAUUAGCAAAUGGUGUAACCUGUUGUCUCUCUGAAGUGACUACAAAAGAAAACUUACCAGAAAAUAACCCCAAGCUUCAAAAUAACACUUCUUGCUUCUUCCAGCUGUCGAAAUAUGGACUUGCAGAUCACGAAAAUUAUUCUUCCAGCUGUUGAAAUAUGGAUUUGCAGAUAACUAAAUUUAUUCCAAUCCUGAUUAUGGCCACUUCUUGAAGUGACUGCCAAUUCCUCUAUGUGAAUGUAAAGUGAAAAUCUGAAAAGUCAAAUAAAAAUACAUACAAACUAAUGCAAGCACAGAACAUCUCUUUGCUAGCUUGCAACAGCAACCGUCUGGUGUACUACCAUUGGCUCCAAAGAGUCAGGCAAUCUGCUACUGAGGGCUUCUUCCACAUGCAACACAAUGUCAUUCCAGUUGUUUUUUGAUUAUAAUACUGCAUUGAUCUGAGCUUCUUGUAAACGUGUUAGUUCCCUGCUUUUGUCUCCCCUAACUCUACAAAAUGAGGGAGAACUGAUGCUCUAACAUCAGGGAAAUGAACAACUCACUUGGUUAUUUAUUUUCUUUGUGCACAGAAAACAUUUUUUAAGAGAA